AUUAUUUCUCCCCCAUCACCUUUCCCUAUGCCAUACCACUUCUUCAAUCAGUUACUUCCCCUCUACCCCCUCUCUCUCUGUAUCCAUAACUUUCUCUCACUAAAAGUCUCCAUUCUUAUAGAUUAUUCGCUUUCCAUCGGAUCACUAAUCGUUUCGAGGUAUGAAAUCUUCAUCGCUGAAAUCAUCUUUGAUUUAUUGUUGUCUCUGUCGUUGUUGUUAUGGUUCGAUUAUUGGAGUGGUUCAAGUAACGAUUUGCCGGAUUUGUUGUUUUUUUUGCUUGUGAUUUUGCAGGAUCUAGCGAGGUUUUGGACAUCUGAGGCUGAUUGUCCCUGCACUAUUUAGCGAAAGAUGUUCGGAGGAAGUAACACCAAUUCAUUAGUCCCUGUCUUCCUUGAUGAGAACCUCUUCCAAUAUCCUUCAAACCAACUGCAGCUAUUUGGAAAUGUACCAGCCACCCGUAAUGUUGAUCCAGUAAAUUAUUCUGUUAGAGAGCAUAAUAGCCCUGUCUUUCGCUCCAAUAAGCGACCAAGAGAAGCCGAAGCUAAUUUAAUGCAAAAGAAGCUUCAGAUAUCAUUGAACCAGAACUUCUAUAAUGAAGAAACUGAUCGCCCAUCAACCAUUCCAACCCCUCAUCCUGUAUCUACUGGCUUAAAAUUGUCAUAUGAUGAUGAGGAACGCAACUCUUCAAUUACUUCAGCCAGUGGAAGCAUGACAGCAGCACCAUCGAUAAUGUCUUCUUUUGGUGAUGGUGUCACAAAUGAACUUGACCGACAUAAUGAAGAGCUUGAAAGAUUCAUUAUGAUUCAGGGAGAAAAUAUGGUGAAAGGGGUGAAAGAGAUAAGACAGAGACACAUGGCCACAUUCCUGGCUUCCAUUGGUAAAGGGAUAGAGAAGAAGAUACGCGAGAAAGAUCUCGAGAUCGAAACCAUAAACCUUAAAAACAAAGACCUCGUCGGGAGAAUAAAGCAGGUGGCAAACGAAGCCCAGAAUUGGCACUACAGAGCCAAAUACAACGAAUCGAUGGUGAACAUGUUGAGAACAAACCUUCAACAGGCACUGGCACAAGGAAAUGAGCAGCAACAGCAAGUGAAAGAAGGAUUUGGUGAUACAGAUGUCGAAUACGAUGCUGUAUCGUCUAUAGAUCCAAAUAAUUACCUUAAUGCCCCUGGUAAGUCUCUUAAGGAUAAUAAUAGUAGUAUGAUGGUAUGCAAAGCAUGCAAGGCAAAAGAGGUGUCGGUUCUGGUAAUGCCCUGUCGCCAUUUGAGUCUAUGUAAAGAUUGUGAUCGGGGUGUGAACGUUUGUCCGGUUUGCCAAAUUGUGAAAACUGUUGGUGUCGAAGUGUAUAUGUCGUAAAAUAUCGACACCAAGGAUUCCUUCUCAAAGGUUUUAACUUGUGAAAUGAAGAAAGCACUCUAUACAUUUUGCAUGA